CCAGUCGGACAGUUUUGGGGACGGAAUCCAAACAGCCACGUAGUAAAAGGCGAAGCUCUCGAAAAAAGACGUGCUCCUGGACUCUGACAUGUUCCCAGCUGACCCCCUCCCUCAGAAGAUGGUCUAAUACAGCUUAUUUUUCAAGCUGCCUACUGUGACUGUUACAUCAAGAAAUAAGUCAUAACUAAUCAGCUCAGAUGGAGACUAAUGCCCAUCAAGAAAUCCAUGCUAUAUUAUCCAAAGAGAAUGAAGCCCAUAUUGUGGAACAUGAAAUGCAACUGAAACAAGGACUGGAAACCACACAACACACAAAAGAGGAUGUUCCUAACGGUCCUGUCAGUUCAGAUGCGAUGCCUAAUGGAAAUGGACUGGCUGCGGCCGGGGACACCCUCGUUAAUGGGUCCCUGCCUUUAGACGCUCCUCCUCAGAGCGUCAGCUCCCCUACCCAAGAGCCCUCCUCAGGUGUGGCUGCUUAUCAACCCACGAUGCUAGAGCAGUCUGAGGGGGAUAGUGCUGAGGUCACGGGUCACAAGGGCGAUGCAUUGCAGUCACUCAGACUCAGUAUGCCUAUGCAGGAGACUGAACUGUCCAACCAGAAGCCUUCGCUCGAAAUGGAGAACGAGGAGAAGAUUCGCCUGGAGGCUCGCCGGCGUUUGGAGGAGCAACUCAAACAGUAUAGAGUGCAGAGGCAUAAGGAGAGAUCUCACCGCUCCACCGCCAAGAGCAGACCAUUCAGCACCCUGGAUCCAGAGCUCAUGCUGCAUCCUGAGGCCCUGCCUCGUGCAAACACCGUUGCCAUGACCAAGGAGUAUUCAUUCCUGAGGACCAGCGUCCCACGAGGUCCCAAACUAGGCAGCCUUGGAAUUCCUCCUUCCAAGGAAAAGAAAUCCAGGUCACCUCGUCCCAGCAAGAUCCACUCCUUAGCUGACUAUAAGACUCCUGAGAGUGAUGGAGGAGGAGGAGGAGGAGGUGGCGUGAAGUCUGCAGAUGGCAGCAGGAACUCCCUCCAGUCCACCAUUAGCUCUGUGUCCACGCUGUCCGAGGUCAGCGUGGUGUCCGAGGGCAGCGCCUGUGAGACGGAGCCACAGCUCGGGGACAGUGUGUCAGAAAUUGACGGCAGCGAAUCGGGAGCGAGGGGGAACGACGGCAAUGACAGCGACAGCUCUUCCUACAGCAGCGUGUCGACCAGAGGGACCUACGCCACGCUGUCCGCCGCCGUGGAAAGGCAGCGGGGGCCGUACACGGUGGAGGGACGGGAGAUCGCCCCCGAGGCCAUGGGACAGUUCCCCUCUCUACAGGAAGUGCUGCAGGCAGCCAGCGAGGAGCAGCACCAGCUGGAGCUGGAGCAGGAGAGAGAGGGCACAGCAGAGCCUCGCAGCCGCAGGGACAGUUUCUCCAGCAGUGUUUCUUUGGAGAGUUCUGUGAUGGGACAUGAUGAAAUGCUUCAGGUGCUGAAAGAGAAAAUGAGACUCGAAGGCCAGCUGGAGUCCUUGUCAUCUGAAGCCAGUCAGGCUCUCAAGGAGAAAACAGAGCUACAAGCCCAGCUUGCCACGGUGAACGCUCAGCUGCAGGCUAAACAGGAAGAAGCUCAAGUCAGCCGGGAGAAGCAGAGCACCCUCACCUCCGAGGUUGGCACGCUGCGUCAGAACUGCAACCAGCUAGAGAGAGCCAUGGUGGAGCUGCAGGGAAACCUGGAGAGCAAGAACGCCAGUCUGGCUUCUCUCAGCAAUGACCUGAAGGUUGCUGAAGAGCAAUACAACAGGCUGAUGGGGAAGGUGGAGGAGAUGCAAAGCACUGUGACGUUGAGGGACACUACAGUUCAGGAGUUGCGGCAGCAGAUGGGUAGCCUCCAGAGCCAGCUGCAGCAGGUGCAGCUGGAGCGCAGCACCCUGCAGAGCCGGCUGAAGACCUCUCAGGCGGAGAUUGAUUCCCUCCAGCAGGUCAGGCAGUGGUACCAGCAGCAGCUGGCCGUGGCGCAGGAGGCCAGAGUCAGGCUGCAGGGAGAGAUGGCCAACAUGCAGGCUGGACAGAUGAGUCAGAUCGGUGUUUUGGAGCAUCUGAAGCUGGAAAAUGUAACCCUGUCUCAUCAACUCACGGAGACCCAACACCGCUCCAUCAAAGAGAAAGAACGCAUUGCAGUCCAGCUGCAGAGCAUUGAGGCCGACAUGCUGACUCAAGAAGCUGCUUACAAGCAAAUUCAGGAUGCAAAAUCCAUGGUGGAGGACGACCUGCAGCACAAACUGGAGGAGUUCGAAGAAGAGCGAGACCGAUUAGUUAAACUGGCCAACACAGCCAGCACCCUAGAACGGGAACUGGAGCAGGUGAGACUGACCCUUUCCCAGAAGGACGUGCAGCUGCAGUCACUUCAGAACGAGCAUCUGGAGCUGAUGCGGCAGCUGACAGCCACUCAGGAGAAUCUCCACACCAAAGAGCAGUCCAUCAACCAGCUGGAGGCCCGCUACCUGGAGCUGGAGGCCCAGCUGGCCGAGCUGCAGACGGAAAGCAACGCCAAGGACGACAGCAUCCAGUACCUGCAGAAUGAGAAGAUCGUCCUGGAGGUGGCGCUGGAGGCCGCCCGGGCGGAUAAGAGCCAGCUGGACGAGGGAGCCGAGCGUCUCGGGGAGGACGUGCUGGUGGCCUCAGAUGUGUUGGAUCACCUCCGACAAGAGGUUCAAGUCAAAGCCAGUCAGAUUGAAACUCUGCAACAAGAAAAUAACUCCCUGAAGAAACAAGCUCAGAAGUUGAAAGAACAGUUCCAGCAACAAAAGGUGAUGGUGGAAGCGUACCGGCGGGACGCCAGCUCCAAAGACCAGCUGAUCAGUGAGCUCAAGUCCACCAAGAAGCGUCUGCUGGCGGAGGUGAAGGACUUCAAGCAGGAGCUGAUAAGCUCUCAGGGGGAGAAGCAGAAGGCGGAACUGGAGCAGGCUCGGCUGCAGCGGGAGGUGCAGAGGGUCCAGGAGCAGAUGAGUAACAUGGAGGCCCAUCUGCAGGCCAUCCAGACGGAGAGGGAUCAGCUGGAAACUCAGAUGCAGUCUCUGCAGUUCGAUCAGAACCAGCUCGCGGCAGCGACACAGGAGAACGAGGGUUUGAGGAAACAGGUGGAGCAGAUGGAGGCAGAAGCCAAAAAGGCCAUCUCAGAGCAGAAAGUGCGCAUGAAGAGACUGGGGACGGAUUUGACCAGCGCUCAGAAGGAGAUGAAGGCCAAACACAAGGCCUACGAGAACGCCGUGGGCAUUUUGAGCAGGCGGCUCCAGGAGGCUCUGACUGACAAGGAGAGCACCGAGGCCGAGCUGGUCAAGCUCAAAGCUCAGGUGUCUGACGGGGGAAACAACCAGGCUCUGCAGGAGAAAAUGGAGGCUCUCCAGGCGGAGCUGCAGGCUGUGACCAACAGCAAGACGAUGCUGGAGAAGGAGCUGCAGGAAGUGAUCACCCUCACGUCCACAGAGCUGGAGGAGUACCAGGAGAAGGUCCUGGAGCUCGAGGACGAGCUCCAAGAGUCUCGCUGCUUCAAGAAGCGCAUCAGAAAGCUUGAAGACGCCAACAAGAAGUUAGCGCUUGAGCUGGAACACGAGAAGGGGAAGCUAGCUGGUUUAGCACAGUCCCACAAUUCACUGCGGGAACACGCCAACAUUUUGGAGUCUGCCUUGGCAAAGAGGGAGGCCGAUCUCGUCCAGCUCAACCUGCAGGUUCAAGCUGUGUUGAAACGUAAAGAGGAAGAGGACCAGCAAAUGAAGCAGAUGGUACAAACUCUGCAGCUUGCUUUGGACAAAGAGAAAACCAAAGUCAAGGAUCUGAAAGAGCAGGUGGCAGCAGCAAAGGCUGAGGCGGCCCACAACAGGAGGCACUACAGGGCUGCCAUGCUGGAGCUGUCAGAGAUCAAGAAAGACCUGCAGGCCAAAGAGGACCUGGUCAAAGCUCUGCAGAGUGAAGCCCACAAACUACAAGCUCAGGAUGAGCAGCAUGCUCAGGAGGUUUCCAAGUUCCAGGAGGAGUUGGCAGACGCUCACGCACAACUACAGAUCCUCCAAAAACAACUGAACGAGGAACUCGCUAAACAGCCCCUCACCAAGCAAGAGGUUGAAGACCUGAAGUGGGAGGUGGAGCAGAGGCAGAGGGAGCUUGAGGCCCAGAAGCAGCAGCUGGAGAUGAUGGAGCAGUGUCACCACCGGGAGCUGGACAACCUGCAGACGGCUCUGCAGAACAUCAAAGUGGAGCUGGAUUCCGUGCAGGAGGAGAUGAGCAGCACCAGGAAGGACAAGUUCAUGCUGCAGGCUAAAGUGGGCGAGCUGAGGAACAGCAUGAAGACAGUCCUGCUGCAGAACCAGCAGCUCAAACAGGACCUGAAGCAGAGUCGUCUGAGGAAGCAGCGCAUGGAGCUGAAGAGCGAGGGAAACCCCUCCAACCCCGUGACUCCGGUGAAGAUCCCGGACUGUCCCGUCCCGGCCUCUCUGCUGGACGAGCUGCUGAAGCCAUCGACCUCCGUCAACAAGGAGCCGCUCAACAACCUGCACAACUGUCUGCGGCAGCUCAAAGAGGAGAUGGACAGCCUCCAGAGGCAGAUGGAAGAACACACAGUAACGGUGCAUGAGUCAAUAGGCUCGUGGACAAACACAGAGGAGGGACUGGCUCAACGGGAGCCUCAAAACAGCGUCUCCAAGCCGCCGGCAGCGCCGAGCAGCACGGCGGUGGAAAAUAACAGCGAGGCAGAGCAACAGCAAUCAUAACAAAAUAACUUUAUCUCAGGCCGAUCGAGGGAGAGUGGAGUUUUAUCCACAAAGGCACUUUUUAGCCCCCCGUUCCUUUUCUCGUUUAACAAUUGCUGCCAACAUUUGGCAUUCCUCCCAUCAGCACAGAGGAGCUUUUUCACAGUAAUACUUUAUAUACCAUAGCUUUAUUCUUUCCUUUUUAUUUGACGGUUGUUCAUAUUUGUGUUAUGCAUUUAUUUAUUUAGCAUUUGAUGAAUGACAAAGUUUUUAUUUUUAGCAGCCUCUCCAAGAGGGUCCCCCACAUCCAGUUUUGUUAUCACCGAUCCAGAUGUGGUCUCUGUUAAACUUCAUCAGGAAGCCGCCUUUGCCCAAGUUUUUUUUUUUUUUUUUUUUUUUUUUUAGAGAUUACCCUCCUCAUAAUGCUGAAUAGACAACUUUGAUGCUGCAUUAUAGAGGCUGAGAUCAUAAAAAGUGUUUCAGUGAUGGAAUUAAAACGACAGAAAAGCCAGGAGUGUGUCAUUCGGCUGGCCGUCACCUGUUCUUCCAUUCAUCUGUGCCUGUGUACGCGUUAAAAGUCACUCAGUAACUGACGUGGUUGCACCUUCACAUGGCUUCUAAGCAGCCCGUGAUGAAGUGACGCGCCAUCACCGUCGUUUGCAGUUCGUUUUUGGUAUGGCCUCAUGUUAAGAUGCAGUGUUUGUUUGAUGUAACCAUAUCACCCUGGGUUCUUCAACUCAAAAAAAAAAAAACCCAUUAAUCUCAGUUAUGUUUGUUAGCAUGGACUGCAGUAAUGUGUACGCAAAAAAAAAAAAAAGAAAAAAGCCUUAAGUAAUCUCUGAGAUGCCCGAAAGGACUAAGUGUCUGCGUGAAUGAGUGUAUUCCUGCUGAGGGAGCGUGCAAAAUGUUAAAAUGUUAUAUUGUGUUUGUGUGCAAAUCCUUACUGAAGGAUUGUGUAUUUUAAAAUGAGCUUAUCACAACUGACUUUGCACACCAGACGAUCGAAACAAAACUGACUUUGAAAGUUUGUGAGAUUCAAACAGAAAAAAGGUUACUACUUUGAGAUGAGAGCCGGUUCAGUGAGAGGUUUUGAUUUUUUUUUUUCAUGUACUUUAAUACAUAAUGUAUAAAAUGAAAAAGGAAGACAACUACCCCUGAUUCACAUGUUAUUAUUAUUAAACUCUGUUUCUUGGGUUAAGGGAUAAGUUAAUUGUUUCCAGAGGUUAAUAUAUAUAUAUAAAUACAUAUGUUCUUUUUGUAUUACUGUAUAUAAAACAUGUUUAAUAGUGUAAAGAGGAUAAACUACAAGACGUCACAUACGGACCCACGAAUCCGAUUCAACGACGACCGUACAGAGACUGGAGGGUCGACUGAUCAUAGGAUGGUACAGAAUCUGUCUCGGGACUCGGUAAUGGUCUUUAAAGUUAUAUAGUAAUAAAAACUCAAAACUUGUGUGCUUAAUAAAUUCCAAAGGGACAGUAAAUAUUUUUGAGAGGAAUGGUUAUGGGGCAAAUAACAUCAACUGUACUGGUAUACUGUGUUCUAAAAAAAAAAAAAUCUUCUGAACGGUAUCCUCGAUGCUUAAACUUUGCUGUUUCUUUUCUUUCAAGUG